AUGCCACUGGUCUUCCGUGCCUGCCUUACGACGUAUUCUCGUGCUUCUCCGUUGAUCUCCGCAUCGUCCGCUUACCUCUUCCGUCGAGCAAUGAGCGCCACAACCUUGCGCUUCGGCGCCACCAGCGAACCCGUCUCAGCAGUCGUCGCCAUCGGCGAGCGGUCUCUGCUCGCUUCCUCCAACGCGUCCCUUUGGAAGGCUUUUGGCAGCGUCGCUCCGGAGAACAAUGAGGUUCUUGUCGAGGGCAAGGCUGAUGUCUUGACCUCUUAUACGAAGAGCGGUGAUAACCGCAUUCAGCACACAUUUGCUCAUCUCUCCAAGGAAAGGUCUCGCAACAUGGGCAAAAUCCGCUCUGAUCUUGUGCACGACCUUGUCGCGGCACAAACUCCGAAGGAGGGCGACGUGAAAAUUGUGCUUGCGCUGGAAAAUCAGGAGCAGGUUCUUGCCGCUGGCUGUGCGGUAGCGAGGGCAUUCCCAUUGUACUCUAAGAAGAGCAGUGCUGCGAAGCUCAAGUCUCGUACCGUUCACGUCGAGAUUGCUGUUCCUGGUGGAGUUGAGGAAAAGACUUACACCAAGCUGAACAACCUUGCCGACUCUAUUCGCUUGGCCUCUCGGUUGAUGGACACGCCAUGUGGCGAGCUCCACGUGACCAAGUACGUCGAGGAGAUUAAGGAGGCCGUGGCCAACCUUCCGACCGUCAAGAUGGAGGUCAUUACCGGCGAGGAGCUCAAGAAGAACGGCUAUGGUGGACUUUACGGAGUCGGCAAGGCUGCGGAACACCCACCAGCGCUUGUCGUCUUGACCCACACUCCCAAGAUCGUGACAAUCAAGUCGCGUCCCGUCAUUGUCGGCAAGGGUAUUGUGUACGACACUGGAGGUUUGAGCUUGAAGACCUCCGGCGGUAUGGUCGGCAUGAAGGAUGACAUGGGUGGUAGCGCCGCCUGCUUGGGUGCUUUCAUCACCGCGGCAAAGGAAAACUACGGCGGUGUGUUCACUGCAGUACUCUGUCUCGCCGAGAACGCCAUUGGACCCAAAGCUCAGCGACCAGACGAUAUCAUCAUUCUCAAGAGCGGAAAGAGCGUGGAGAUCAACAACACGGACGCAGAAGGUCGUUUGGUGCUUGGUGAUGGUGUUGCGUAUGCUUCCAGCAGCGAGGUCAAUGCUACCCACAUCAUUGACAUCGCCACCUUGACUGGUGCCCAAUUGAUUACCACCGGAAAGAAGCAUGCCGCUGUCUUGUCCCGCGACGAGGACUUUGAGCGUCACAUUCUUGACGCUGGCCAGCGCUCUGGAGACUGGUGUUUCCCCAUCCUGUACGCACCGGAGCUGCUGAAGAAGGAGUUCGACAGCAAGGUCGCCGACAUGAAGAACAGCGUCGCAGAUCGUAUGAACGCGCAAUCGUCAGCAGCGGGGCACUUUGUGGAAGACCACCUUAACAGCGAAUACACUGGCAAAUGGGCACAUGUCGACAUGGCUGGACCUUCCGGCAAGGAUCAACGAGGCACCGGGUUCGGUGUUGCACUUCUUUUCAGCGUUCUUGAAUCUAUCUAGACUUCUGGUUCGUCGGUCUAUAUAUUGUUAGCUGCACUGAAUUACACUAGCGGUGGCGACAUUGUUCUAGAUAGAUGCAACGCAGUCCAGUAUAGC